AUGCCCGACGAGUCUCCUAUCGUCUCACACGGCCGUGGUGGCCAGGGAAAUAUCGGUCACGAUUCUACCCAAUAUAUCGAUGGCGAGAUCGUCCGUGAAGGAGUCUACGGCGACCAAGGCGAUGGCGCCUACUCUGCAGGCCGCGGCGGCGCAGGCAACAUCGGUUCCCCGCGCGUCCGCCCAACCUCAAAAGUACCCCACGACGCCGAGAUGAUCCCCGAGCUCGCGGUGCGGAACUCCAGUGACGAGACCUUCCACGUUGGGCGCGGUGGCCAGGGCAACGUUCAUCUCGAUGAGGCGGCGAAGAAGGAGAAGGAUAGGAAGCAUGUUGCCCAUGAGGGGUUGGCGGAUCGGUUGAAGAAUAAGCUUUUGGGGAAGAAGUGA